AUGGGUAGCGUUGAUCCACCCACUUUGCCAGGCUCUAGGCGAAGCAGGGCUCCAACAAUUACCAUUGAUACCACUGCCUCCGAGCAGACAGUCAUUGAAAACCACGUCGAAACUCGGGAGACGCUCUCCGAACUGUCGUCUUUCGAAAGUCGACCAACAUCACCUCACAAUGUAUCCUGCCCGGGUGUGUGUGGAAAUUCUGGAGGAUUCCUCGCCGUGCCAGGUGCUAGAACUAGAGCCAGACAGAAUUCCAUUGAGAAUGAAGAUACCUACAAGCAUGAAUCUUGUUACACUGUCACCGAGACGGCAUUGGAUGAAGAUGCUCAAAGUCCAGAUCCUGGCUCCGAGAAGGACUUCCAGGUCAACGACAACGCGUUUGCAUUCAGCCCAGGACAGCUCAACAAGCUGUUCAACCCAAAGUCUCUUUCUGCUUUCUAUGCAUUGAGAGGACUGUCGGGACUUGAAAAGGGGUUGAGAACCGAUCGGUGCGCUGGACUUGACAUCCACAGUAGCCAAUCAAUUUAUCAGACAGAACCCGGAGGUAGAGAUGCAAUGCAUGCAGCUUCCUCUUCUCCCUCGCCUCUCAAUGGUCUUACACGUUCCACGGCUCCAUCCUCUCGUUACGCGACCCAGAGCAUAGAGAAAUUCAACGAGGCAGAUACUGCCCACCUCGUUCCAUACACAGGAUCUGGAAGAGUAACGCCAGGCACUGGUAACGGAAACGGUGACUUCUUCUGCCCUAUGGGUAUCACUGGUACCAAAGUCACCAAAGACGCCGCCUCUGACAUUCUCAAGGAUGACAGCCUUGGUUCUAUUGUCAAAGAUUGGAUAUGGGGAAUAGCAGCGCACAAUGCUGUAAAAGAAAUCCUUUCCUUCAUCUAUGCAGAGUAUCUAAUCCCCGUCGUGGACUGGAGAUUGACCUUCUUGAACCUAGUGCUACUGUCUUGCAAUUGCGAGAGCAAGUUUGCUUUAGUUAUACUUGUGCUCGCGAAGAAGCUCCUGGCGGUGACUGACAGCGAGAUCGAGUCCAAGUCCUACCAACUUAGAUUUGCAAAGCGGAGCUGCACUCCACCGUCCGCUCGUCACAAAGCACUACAACUACAACAGACACCAAAUUUGUCUCAAAGACUGUUCGUGGCAUUUGGUGGAUUGGCGCUAUCCUUGCCUGUGGUUGCUGCCACCUCUGAUGAGUGGCCCUCAAGCAAUUGGAUGAAACCCACGUUAUCAUCCACCGCUGCCAUUACCACUAGCAAGGCAGUAGCUACCACACAGCCAAGUAUUGGGAGAGAAAGCCCCUUGAGAGAGGAUUGGGUUAGAUCACUAGCUCCAUUGUAUGACAUUCUAUGGACCAUAGCGAUCACAGUAGUCGCCUUCGCGAUCUUUCGGUGGUUCUGCGGCUCACGUAGUCGAAGAAUCGACAAAGCGAGGAAGUACUGCUUCUUCUGGAUGGUGGUGUUUCAGGCCCUCUUCUUCCUCAUAAGAGAUGAUCCUGAUUCACCACCAGGAUUUCUCUUCGGACUAUUCAUCGGGUCAGGUCUGUUUACGUAUAAAUCAGCCGCUCGAGGUGCUGCACGAUUCGGAUUUGGUCUCUUCUAUGCCCUUGCGGGGAUCGUGAUGGGUGUCAUUAUAUCGAUCAUUACGCUACCAUUUAUCAGGACCAAGUCCGGGAAUCCAAGUUGGGAGACAAUCCUCUUCCCAUCUAUUUCCGUGGCAUUUGCAGCAUUGGAGAUCGGAUCCCAAUGCUUCCUAGCAAAUAUGAAUUAUCGCGAUGAAGACGAGAUCAACGACGAGGCUGGUAGUGGAAAAGGACUGCCGAUGUACCGGUACCCACAUUCCAGGAGUACACCAAGUCCACAGAGCACUUGGCUCGAGAGAACUCACCAGUGGCAAGAGAGCCAGAUCAGUAGGGCUUGCAGUAUUCGUCUGGGCCGUGAACCCAAUGGACUAGAGUACCACGGGACUUAUCCUCAAGUCCAAGGCAUCUCACAUUCGGUGGACUUGCCGCAUCCGGAAUCCUUUGUCUCCGCUGACGACGACUACCGGCCUGCAGGCAGUUAG